AUGCAAAAAGGUUUCGCUGGAUCAAAACAACGCCGUGAAGUAUUAGUACAUGAUGGUAAAUGUCCAUCUAAUCAUUUUCCCAUUCAUAUUCAUUGUCGUCGUCGUAUUUGUCGUCCACAAGAUUUAAUUCCAUUGUGCAAAAGCGAUGGUGACUGUUCAACAACACAAAAAUGUUGUCGUCCCAUGUGUGGUUGUCGUAACUGUGGUUGUUCAUGGACACAACAUCAAAAUAUGGUAUAUACAUAUGAAAUAAAAGAAGCAUGUUUAUUAGCUGAUAUUGAUCUACUACUUAUUGAUUUGAGUGAAAAAGAAUCAAAAGUCAAAGAUGUUUAUAAAAAAAUUUAA